UUUGGCAUCGUUUUUGUUUUUCUAACAUUAGGAAACAAGUUUUUAGAAUUUCUUAAGAAGCAGGUUGUUUAAAAAAAAUAAAAAACUUCAAGCAGGCAUAUAUAUGAAUCCCUAUGAAGCAUUGUCCAAAGGGACAUAGUUAUUCACCCUUUAAAAUUGAAAGCAAAGCACCCUGAAAUUCAUUUUGAAAAACUGUAAAUCCCUAAGAUGGAAAACCUUGGAGUCAUCCCCUUGUAACCCCCGUCCCUUUGUCUUAUUAAGAAAAUUGUCAAGAAGUCAAAAAAACAACAUAGUUCCUUAGGAUUCCCUCACAAGAAUUGUGUCUGCCUUGUUAUAACAGAGUUUGAGUGCUUAAGGCAAGGAGUGGAUGAAUAUAUCAGUAGGCAGCAUAUUAAGCCCCAAAACCGCGUUUCCCUUUGAAGAGUUCCUUAUUUAGUCAGUCCUACAGCAGGGCAAGCCCAAGCUUCCCAACAAUUGUGUUGUUUGUACCACCAAACAUAAAGCAAAUAAACAUGGCCUUUGAGCAAGAAAACAAGAAAUGGCAGGGAUCAAUAGGAGGCAUUGUGGAAGCACCCAUACACAAAGUCUGGGAAAUAGUAUCACAAACCAACAGAUUGCCAGAAUGGAUGCCAAUGGUCGAAAGAUGCACCGAUUUGGCUGGUGACGACGGCGUUCCAGGCUAUGUCAGGCUAGUUUCUGGCUUCAUGUUCCCCCAACAUGAUGGAGACAAGUCAUGGAUCAAGGAAAGGUUGGUGUCCAUGGACCCAAAAUCACACAGUUACGUUUACAGAAUGGAAGCAAGUAAUGUGGGCUUAGAUGGGUCUGUGAAUUCAUUGAAGCUUGUAGAUUAUGGGGAUGAUUCAACCCUAGUUGACUGGACAUUUGAGUUAAACCCUCUUGAAGGUGCUUGUGAGGAUAGCAUAGUAGACUAUCUAGGGUUUCUUUAUAAAUCUUGUAUUAAGAAGAUUGAGGGUGCUAUAGAAGCUUCAGCUAAACAGAAAAUUGGGUAACAAGAUGGGCAUAGGUUAGCAUCAAGUAAGAAGGCACCAAAAUUUCUGUUCUCAAAAUUCUAGUCCCGUGUUUUAAUUCACUUUUAAUAGUACGAUCA